AGUUUACUCCAACUAUUCAGCUUUAUAACAACAGUUUAGCAUCGUCAAAUAUUUUUGAAUCAGAAAAAAAUGAAAUUUUCAAUUUUUGCAUUUUUUUUGUGCAUCGCUGUCGUGCUUGCAGAUCCAAUUAAAUUUAACGACAAUAAUGUCAACGAUAUCAUCAAUGUUAAAGCAGAUGCGAGUCUAGUUUUAAGCAGUUUGAUAAAUGAGGAUAUCGUGAGUUUGAUUGGUCUUCUCAAAAAUCAACAAGGAUUAGUUGCUGUUGCUGACGGUGCAGGUGCUGUUCCCUAUCAAUCACCUGCAACAUCUCCUGAAAUGCCUAAAAUCAACAUCCCACCAGCGCUCAUGGGAAAACUUUCACAAUUGUUGCUACCAAAAAAUGAAUGAAAAAUAAAGUCACAAUCUUAAUAUAAAAAUCAAUUACAAAAUGUUAAGUGCUUUAAAUUUCUAAAAUAAUUUAUAUUUAUUAUCCUAUUAUGAAAUUUGUCAUGUUCUCAACUUUAUCUUGAAAAAUAUAAAAUCUUGCUU